CAUGCACCAACACAAAUUUAUAUCCCCUACCUUUAUGAAUAUCUAUAUAUAUCCUCCGAUGAUGCUUUGAGCUGGUAUCUACGUAAGAUCAAAAACCUUCACACAACCUUACAAAGAUCAGAAGAGUAGGGAAACAGUGACCUGCGCGCAGCCAAGAUGACAGCCACUGCCAUGAAUGAAAUGACACCGGAGCUCGAACUUCCGGGCUUCCGAUUCCACCCUACAGAAGAAGAACUUCUCGAGUUCUACCUCAAGAACACGGUGUUUGGAAAGAGACCUCGUUUUGAUAUCAUUGGCUUCCUCAACAUCUAUCAUCAUGACCCUUGGGAUUUGCCCGGGAUGGCGAAGAUUGGUGAAAGGGAAUGGUACUUCUUCGUACCGAGGGAUAGGAAGCAUGGCAGUGGUGGGAGGCCUAACCGGACCACUGAAAAUGGGUUUUGGAAGGCCACCGGUUCAGACCGGAGAAUUUUGAGUAUAUCGGAUCCGAAGCGGAUCAUUGGCUUGAGAAAAACCCUUGUUUUCUAUCAAGGAAGAGCACCUAGAGGAACCAAGACUGACUGGGUGAUGAACGAGUAUCGCCUCCCUGAUUCAUCUCCAUUACCUAAGGAAAUAGUACUGUGUAAGAUAUACAGGAAGGCAACUUCUUUGAAAGCCCUAGAACAAAGGGCAGUUAUGGAGGAACAGAUCAUCAUGAAGAACUUUCAUUCUUCCCCACCUUAUUCAUCUCCACCACAAUCAACAUCAGUACCACUUGAUCAAACCUUCUCGUUUCUAGCACAACAUGAGGAGGAUCAGUUUUUGGCACCAAUUCCCCAUGCAGUACACAACAACAUUGUCUUCAAGAAAGAAGCAGAAGAAGAAGUACUGGUAGCAGAAAUAGAGUAUCAGGCGGAGGAAAAGGCCGGAGAAAGAUCACAAAUGGAAAGCGGAUCAGUAUUUUGCACACCACCGCAAUUUCCAUUAGGCAAGGACAAGUUACCAGAACUUCAAGUUCCAAAAUUGAUGAUGGACUGGACCCAAGACACGUUUUGGACUCAGUUAAACAGUCCUUGGCUUCAAAAUCUGACCCCUUAUGCCAACAUUCUCAACUUUUAAUGCCUUUUAAUUUUAAUUAUGCACUACCCUAGCUAGCUGGGUACCAAUAAACUUGGGUACUUUUUUUUAUCGGUCAACCGCCCUUCUCGCUUUAAGGAAAUUCUUGCCCAGUGUUUUGUUAUUUAGGUGGCUGGCCAUGAAUCGGUUUCAUCCUUCCCAGAUCAUGUUUUCCUGUUAGGGCUAAAGAACAAUUGGAAAACUUGAGGAUGCGAGGAGAAUUGGGUUAUAGCUAGCAAGAUGAUCUCUUGCUUAAUUCCUCGACUGUUAUCUCAGUGCUAAGGAUAGGAAUGGAUUCUUCUGAAAAAAGGGGCUUUUCUUCAAUGAGUCUUGUAUUGAAGAGAUUGCUAUCAACUUUUUGUCGUUGUAUCUCUUUGUUUUUUCUGGGACGAAGUUGGAGGGAAAGCUUGUAUGGAAUUUUUUUUUUUUUUUUUGUUGUUGUUAUUGUUGUUGUACAUUUUGGAUCUCGAGUAAUGACAAUAAGAAAAAGCAGCAGAUUUCGUUU